AUGGUGGACGAGACGAAAAAUGUGAAACAUGAGAAUUACAACGAUUAUAGUUAUGUCCACAGCUACCCCAAUCGCGACAACGGCUCGGUCAUUGGUGGUGCCACUUGUGAUAGGCAGCUUUGGAAACUGGAUUGCUGGUCAUGUCUGGUUACUGCCAAGAACAAACUCAAUGACAAUUGUGGUCACACCCAUGACGCUAGGAUUGAGCUCGCUGAUUGCUCCAUUUGGUACAAGAUGAUUCGCUGA